UAACCCAACACACCGGUUUCAGUUUUUUCGCUCGUAUUUUUCUGGUUUCCAUUCCAAUCUAGGUUUAAACCAUAUUAAGAAAUGGAAACACCACUGUUCCAGUUCAACCCAGCUGACCGGGAUCUGGUCUACGAACCGGCCGAGGACACUUUUCUGCUGCUAGAUGCACUGGAAGACGAACUGGCCGCUAUGAAACGUUUACGUCCACUGGUCUCAUUGGAAAUUGGCUGCGGAAGUGGAGUCGUAAUUAGUGCAUUGGCCAAAGCUUUGGGAAACGCAAGCGGAUGUUUUCUUGGAGUGGACAUCAAUCCGCAUGCGUGUCGGAUGACUAGAAAAACGGCCGAGGUGAAUCAUUGUGAUUUGAACGUAAUCAAUAUGGAUCUAUUGAACGGAUUUCGACCCGGAUUGAUUGAUUUAUUGGUUUUCAACCCUCCGUAUGUCCCAACUUGUGGAGAACCCGGUGAGAGAUUAGAGGAACAGAUAGAACAGUUCGGUGCGGAAGGAUAUGAUUUGGUGAAGUCUUGGGCGGGAGGCUUGGACGGAAUGGUUGUGACAAAUAAGAUUUUGAACGAGUUGGAUCGAUUGCUGUCCCCAGUUGGGGUGUUUUAUCUGCUACUGUUAAGGGAAAACAAACCAACCGAAAUCAUAAGGAGGCUGGAGAGUGAACAUUUUAAAGUAAACAUUGUCAAAGAAAGAAAAAUUAGAGGAGAGCAUUUGUUUGUUUUAAAGGUAGCCCGAAAUGAAAGUUAGCUAGGAAUAAAAGAGAAAGUACAUUUGUUUCAGUA